AUGGCAGAGAUCGAGACCGCAUCAGAUGCUGCCUUCAACCCAUUCAAAUUCAGGGAACCGCUUCGGUUUACCGUUCCUCGUAGACGGAUUAUCGCUCUUGGGGUUGUGAAAGUGGAGGGCAUCUACCGCGUCCCUGGGGAUAGCGACUUCGUGUUGGAACUGAGGUUGCGCAUUGAUAGGAUCAAUUAUACGCCUGACGGCAUGUGUAGAUGA